UUUCAAGUAAAUGAUAAGUACAUUUAAUCUAUUAAAUCAAGAUUUCAUAUUUUACAUAAAAUAUUGGUUCAUUUUCACAGAAAUAAUUACAGAAAAUAAUCGAAUUGAUUAUUUUUAGGAGCUUUUGCGCAGCUUUUUGUUUUUUAAAAUAGACAGGUGUGAGAUUAAAUCAUUUUAUUUGAGGAGUUCAGCCUUAGCCUGUAAUUUGCCGACGUCAUCGAAAUUUUGGCUCGCUUUCUCCCUGCGCAUGCGUUAGUAUUUGUCGGGUAGUAGUUCGUUCUUGAUAAGGUGGAUUGCUUGUGCAACGUAGACGUAAUACCUUUUUGCCGGACUUUUGUUGUUCCUUCUUUUUAAGGUAAGUCUAAACUAGUUUCUAUAGCUGUUCACGUUAAAGGGAUACCCCACUUCAAUGUGCUAGUGGCAAAGAAUUUUUGGACAAAUCAGCCACUUUGGGAGCAAUUUGUGCUUGAACCCUGAUGAUUACCACUUGCUGUUAUAUUUUAAACUAUUUCCCCCCCUUUUUUACAGGUAUAUAUUGAAGACCACUAUAGAUGUUCUGCCAUGUCUAAGAUACAACAUGGACCCUGCAGCACUAAAAGUUCUUAUUAAGAAGCAAAUCAGGAAGCUAGUCCUUCCCUUAGGAAUCCCAAAUACUGUAGAUGAAUUGAAAUUAGCUGUAAAGGAAGCAUUUGUUAUAACCGAGGAGUUUAGCCUACAGUACAUGGACUCUGAUUUUCAUGACUUUUUCACACUUACUUCUACUGACCAGAUUCAACACAAGGAUACAGUCAAAGUUGUGUUCCCUUCUCCUGUGGUGCUGACAUUCUGUACUCAACAUGAUACCAUCCCUAGCACCAGUACAUUACAGUUUGAAGAGGAAUCAUCUGCCGUUGCAUUUAUACAUAGUUCGUCAGGUUACAGUGGGGCAGAUGUAUCUACAACCCAGUCAGAUGAUGCACUUUCCUCUUCUUCUCAAGAUACACUCAUCCUUUCUCCACAGAGUAGCCCAGACAGGCUACCAUGGCCUCAAGAAUUUACAAUUCCAUGUUUCUCCCCAGAAGUACAGAUCGUGCUUGAAAAGGCAAUGGAGGCCUACAUGAGAGAUGGCACUCUUAUGAGUGUCCAAAAUGUAAAGAGAAAUAUAACUGAAAGGCUGACUCAGGCUAUUUAUGCUUAUACAGCAUAUCCUUCAGGUAUGCAGAUUAUCUGUGUGGCAGAAGCACUUGUUCGGAAAUAUCCAUGUCUAAAAGAACCUGGUUCCUUAAGUGGAUAUUAUGGUUGGCAGAUGAGUCUUAAGUACAAAAUGGCUGAUUACAGAAGGCGACUCAGCAAGUUUGGUUGUCCUGAAGUUACAUGUAACACGCUGAAAAGUAAGAGUCCUGAGAACAGGAAACCCGCAAAGAAUGUCAAAAAGCCGAGGAAAGCAGAAGUGAAUUACCUGCCACCAUACCCAACAGGUCAGAGUGAAGAGAGUUUGGAGCAAGAAAGGUUGGAAUUGCUUAGUGAAGUAAAAAAGAGGGACAAUACCAUGGUGAUCAAAGCAAAAAUGGCAAAAACUUUCGCGCUCAGAAGACAUGAAGUUGUCAACCUGUCCCCCAGAGUUGUGGAUUUUAAAGACAGAUGGCCUGCACUGUUUAACCCCCAGCAGAUAAAUGAAGAAUUCAGGAGAAUUACCACUUUGGAUUUAGAGCCAAAAUUUAUGCAGAUGUUGGACCAGUAUACCCCAAAUCUGUUGAGCAUAUUUUGUGCCAAAGGAGGAGCACUUGGACAAACUUUGCAGGACAAAAUGGUUGCCAUUCAUCAGAACCCUGGUGGUGUUACUAUUGACCAGACAAGAGAAGUUGUCAUUCGUUGCUUGGUUCAUUACUUGGGUGAAAAGGAUGAUGAUCUCAUCCAGGAAUACCAUUGCGCCGAAACAGAUUUUCAGCAAGAUCUCAUGCACCACACAAUGAAAAUUUCUGUCUUUAAGAGGGGUGAGCAGGAUGACAUCAGCAUUGUCUUGGAGGGUGCCCAAGUAGUGAGUGGUUUAGGAAAUGUGGCUAAAGCUUGUGCCGUUCUUCUUGGGCUCACUUAUGCUCUAAAUCUGAGCUACCCUAAACAGCUCAGGAGGGUCCUUGUCUUUAUCGAUGGCUCCCCAGAGCUCACUGUCAUUAACAGAGUACCUGUUUUCGCCGCGGGCCUCUCUGAGCUCCAGCGAUAUCAGGCAUGA